AUGUCUGUUCGUACUUCUGCUAGAUCUAACAAAGGUCAAAAUAAAUAUAUCGAUUCCUUGUUACAGGAGGAGGGCGAAACACCAGAUAGACAAACCAAGAAGAAGGUCAAACCAGCUACCAAGAAGAAUAAGAAGACUGCAUCUUCUGAGAAUCCAAGUAAGGACAUUGAGAAAGACGAAGCAGAAGAAGGUUAUGUAAGAUGCUUGUGUGGGGCAAAUGAUGAGAACUACGAAGCGCCCGAAUAUUCACAUGGGGACAUGGUUCAGUGCGAUGGCUGCGAUUCUUGGCAACACAUCAAGUGUAUGACUAAAGGUAAGGAUACCAUCGAUGGGCUAAUGAAUGAGGAUUCUAAAUACUACUGUGAAUUGUGUGACCCAUCAUUGUAUGCACAUCUGGAAGAGUUCAAGGGGGUGGAGGUUUCAGAGGAUGAAGACUACGAUGACGGUGUUUAUAGGCCUGUUAGUGACCACAAUGACAAUGAUGCGGAUAUCUUUCUUGAUGAAGAAAGCCCUAAGAAGCGUAAAAGAAGUUCCGACAGUUCUAGAAGGACACUUACUCAAACGAAACAGGCCAGUAAAAGCAAUGGGCAAAAGAAAAAAAAACCUAUUCAUUCCCCUAAUAAUGAUGCUGAACAAAAUAAAAUACCUACCAUAAGAGAUUUUGAAAGCGAAAAAGAACACAAACUAAGAUCAAACGCAGAAAAAAUGUUUUCCACCCUAUUUCGUAAAUUUAUUAUCCCAGAGACGAUCGAGGGAAAGCUUUAUAAUCUUCCUGAGGGCAAAGACGCAAUAUUGGUUUCAGAGGAAUUUGCCCACAACCUGGAAGAUGAACUUUAUAGAGCUUGUCUCAACGUAGAAUUUGGUACUUUGGACAAGAUAUACACCGAAAAAGUGAGAUCUUUAUACUCUAACUUGAAGGAUAAGAAAAAUUUGGAACUCAAGGCACAGGUUAUCGGGGGUAAAUUACCACUGAAUAAGCUGGUCAGCAAAAACGCAUCCGAACUGGCUAAUCCAGAUCUACAAGAAUUUAAAGAGAAGAGGGAGAAAGCCACCUCAGAAAAUUUUAUAGUAGAGGUACCAGACAAACCCAUAUACGUUAAAACGCACAAGGGCGAUGAGCUAAUCGAAGAUUCUGCCGAGCCCCAAGAGGAUGUCUUGUACUCAAAAGAUACCAUAAGGUUACACAACAGCGAAGAUAAAGGUGUCAAUGAUGACAACAGCAAAAUAGAGCAGAGUCCUGUGACACCGGAGGAAACAGAAGAUGAAGAGUUUCUUAAGUGUGCAUUCUUAUACCCCGGCUUGGGGCUAGAAUUUACAGGAUACUUAAAUUAUGUUGGAACUUCACAAAAGUUAAAGAAGGAUAUUUUUAAGGAUGCCAUUGGUGAUGGAAAUCUGUACGUAGAAGGACGGCUUCCUACAAUAACUGCUGUGCCCUAUCUCAAAGAAAUCUCUUCUUCUAGAGCAAUACUAGUGUAUCAACUGUUUCCCUCAGAUAAUAGUGAAAGUAAGGCAACUUUUGCGGACGUCGUGGACUCCUUGGAAAAUAAGGGUCGUAUUGCGGGAAUAAGACCAAAGGCCAGAUACGAAAAGGAUUUCUAUGUUAUUCCAUCUAAGGACGGUGAAAUUCCUGAAAUUUUGGAGGACGUUUUAGGUGACCAGAACAGUGAAAGAUCUGGAAACGUUUUGCCCGUAAAAUCGGAGGAAAGAGCAUUAUUCGCAUUUGUUGUAGUAAAGCAAGAACUUAUUCAUUAA